CUUCACCAGGUAAAUACACCUCCAUCCACGUCUUCACCAGGUAAAUACACCUCCAUCCACGUCUUCACCAGGUAAAUACACCUCCAUCCACGUCUUCACCAGGUAAAUACACCUCCAUCCACGUCUUCACCAGGUAAAUACACCUCCAUCCACGUCUCCCCAGGAGGCAGUUUACAACCUGCAUUCAGCAGAUAAAUUGCAGGUGGUUUUACAUAUUGAGAAGCUGCAGGGAGAAGAAUGCAGAUGACGUCAUUUCCAUCGCAAAUUUUCUUGUUUUUGUGCUAUGUUAUGGAACAGCCUGUAGUAGAAGCAGACAGAGAUGAUCAGAUCCCAGAGACUGCACUGCAGGAAUAGGAAAUGUUAAUGUUAUUCAUAUGGGACAGUUCUAAUAAAUUACCUCCUGACCAGAACUCACUGCAUUCACUAAAUGAGUGGCUAGUUUGAAUUUCUCGUAAACUUCCGGUCACAUUUUUGCUCCCUGUGGCCUCAUGUUUUACUGCAGUAUGACGUUUUACACAUCAAUGGAAACAGAACAACCACAGCUAGAAGUAGAGGAAGCUCCAGAAUGUCUUCUGAGCAGUAUGACAAACUUACAGUGCCAUAAAGCCCAAAGAAAAUAGAAAUCAGAAGCAGAAUUUUUAAAAAAAUUUUUUACCUCCUAAGACCUGGUGUCCAUAUAUGUGGACAUCUUUUUUUUUAAAGAGCGUAUUGUUCAUAAUAAUUACAAUAUUAAAAACAACAAUAAUAAUACAAUAUAAAUAUAAAAUAACAGGGUAUUAAUAUAAUAAAAUAUAAUAAAUGUAAUAAUCAUGUAUUAGAUAUUGUCCGAUUGUUAUAUUUAUUGGAUACUCCUUAUUCCAAAUAACUAGAAGAAAUUUAAAAUGCAGUCCAACCAAAGCUCAGGUCUGAAGAGGUUAAAUAAUUUUUCAAAAAUUAAAAGAAUAAAAAGCAGAAAGCAACAUGUCAAACAGUGCUCACAGGUGUUACCGAUACUGGACUAAAAACCUGAACUAUAUGCUCCAGAUAUUUCAGUUCUUAGCUGUAUAAUGUGUUUCCUUUCCGCUCAGUGGAAACACAGCCUGCAGUUCAACUGAUUUCAGCAGAAUUUAUCUCAUAUGCCUGAUGUUUGCAGCUGAGUCACUGAUGGCUUCAUGAUGGCAUCGAUAACCCCUUCAUUUUUAGUUUUUUUCAGAUUGUGAUUAAUGCAGAUGGUUUGUUUUUGGCACAUUUUAAAAUGAGAAAUUGAAAAUAAAGUGAUUUGAUAAAAUAUUGUGAUUUUAGGCGUAGAUUCAGUGAAACUUUACCAAGAACUUCACAAAUGUAAAGUUCAAGGACCAGUAUUUUAGUUUCAUUGUUUCUUGCUAUGAAAAAUGUUUUUUAAUAAACAACAUGCCUUUUAACAAGCUGAGUGGGUCCAGGGGUUUAAAACAAAUAAAUCAUUCAAAUGUAAUAAUAACAUAUUUGAAUAUAAUAUUCAGCAGCUCACUUUCAUCAUUAAAGAAAAGAUCACAACCUUUUCAGCUUAAAGAGCAGAAAAAACACACUGAUGUUGGUUUUUUAUUUCUCUCUCAUCGCUUGCUGGACAAUUUGAACUUUUUCUGCCAAACACAGUCGACCAGAUUAGAAACUUCUUCUUUCACCUUUUCUUUAGUUCUUCGGUUUUUCCCGUCUUCAAAGAAAAUGUCUGCAAUCAAUAAUUACUACACAGUUUACACAGUUCCUCAUCCAGGGCCUUUUAAAUAUUAAGACUUUUUCAUCCUAUAUUGAAAACCGUUUUCCAUCAGGUUCAAACAUCACUCAGGGCUCCAACCUCAGAUCUUCUGUUAUUACUGAAGUUGAACAUAUUUAUGAGAAACUCAGAUCCUGAGUAGCGGAGUCACAAACUCCAGCAACACGAUGAAGAACUGGACAAACACCAGCUGGAAAAGACUGACGCCAGCAGAGCAGCGUAAUACAGAGAGAUGUGUGAAUAAUACUGACCACUAAAGACACACAUUACUCUUUAAUUACCGUAUUUUCCGCACUAUAAGGCGCACUUAAAAGCCUUUAAUUUUCUCAAAAAACGACGGUGCACUUUUUAACCCGGUGCGCCUUAUGUGUGCACUGAGGUCCACCUAACCCGCUCCGCUUGAUUGACUGUCGGACCAUUUCCCACUGACAUAGGGACGUAAUACGUACACUACAUACGCUGGCAGCGAUAAACCAAUUACAGAACAUUACAUAAAGGUACGUACAGUACCUACGCUUACCUCCGCCACACCUCCGGUAGGUAGGUAUACUGUACUACCGGUAUGCUGCAGAACAACAUUUGUUUGGCUAAGGACCCCCAAAAAUGGCAUCAGCGAAGAGACAUGCUUACGAGGCCCAAUUCAAACUACAGGCUAUCAGUUACGCGGUUGUAAAUGGGAACAGAGCAGCCACGAGAGAAUUCAAAAUCAAUGAAUCUAUGGUUCGGAAGUGGAGGAAGCAGUAGAAUGAAUUGCGCCAAGUUAAGAAGACAAAACAGAGUUUCUGCGACUCCAUGCGCACCCAUAUCACCGCUACUGUGAAAAACCAAGUGAAGCAAAUGAAUUCGGAGCUUGCCAUCAUUCCGGGAGGAUUAACAAAAGAACUCCAACCGCUGGACAUUGGUGUAAACAGGGUGUUCAAAGUGAAGUUGCGAGCGUCGUGGGAGCGAUGGAUGAGAGAAGGCGAACACACCUUUACUAAGACUGGGAGGCAGCGCCAGGCGAGUUACGCCACCAUAUGUGAAUGGAUUGUGGAUGCCUGGGCUAAGGUAUCUGCUUUGACUGUCGUCCGAGCUUUCGCGAAAGCUGGCAUCAUUGCUGAACAGCCACCCGGCAACGAGACUGACUCCUACAAUGAUGAGAGGGAACCCGGCAUGUUUGAUGGAGAAUUGGCCCAGCUGUUCAAUUCAGAUACAGAAGAUGAGGACUUUGAUGAAUUUGUGACAAAAGAUUGAUCAAAAAAUAACGCGAGUGUAUUUUUAAAUACUUAAUAGAAUAAAGUUCAGUCAAACUCACUGUUUUGCUUCCGUUACUUUGUUUUAGCAUGCGCCUUAUAAUACGGUGCACCUUAUGUAUGGCUUAAGUACAGAAAUAGACCCCGUAAUUGAGACUGUGCCUUAUAAUCCGGUGCGCCUUAUGGUGCGGAAAAUACGGUACAUUCUUGUUUUGUAGCUGUUAUUUUUAGUUCAUCUUUUAAUUUAAACUUUUAACUUUUUGGUUGUCUGAGUUUAGAAUCAGAAUCAGAAAAAUCUUUAUUUAUCCCCGAGGGCCUAAUAUGUGAGCAAAGAGCAGCACAUUAAAAAAGAGAAAGAAAAUACACAAAGAGAAAGAAAAUACACAAACAGGUGAGUUUUCUAAAGCAGCAGAUUAUGUACAGCAAAUAUGGUAAAAGCAGCAAUUACAAGAGCAGAAUGUACAGAAUGGUAACACUGCACUGCAUAGAAGUAAGAUUACGUCUGAAAAGGGCAUUGUAAUAUUGCACGAAGGCUUUGUAGUUAUUGCACAAAUUUUUCCUUCGUUGUUCAAUAAAUUGUUCUAUUAAAAAAAUGAAUAAUUUCUCAGUUAUCAUUGGUUAUUGUCAUUCCAAACACCUCUGGCGCUCACCACACCCCCCUUAAUGUUGUAUUUCACACCUAUUUUGAGGUUUUCUGCAUAGAAAUCACCACUUUCGGCUCCAUGUAGGUCUUCAUGUCCACUCAGAAACCAUUUUUCUUUGUUCCUAGAUGUUUUAAAGAGGUCAGAUGCAGGUCAUUCCAUUAGAAAACUCCUUCAGAUUGGAUUAAUCAUCCCAUUUCAGCUGCUUCAGUUCAUCUUUAUUUCUUACCUCGUGAUGCUUUUGAUUUGCCUGUGCGAUCAGUAUUUAUUGUAUCAUUACUAUAUUAUCUAAUCUUUUUUUUGUGCUACAAAUAAUGGGAAGUCAAACUGCUUCGAUUGCUCUUUUUGUUGAUGUUAAUGUACUACUUGGUCUUUGUUUGCAAGUAUUUUAGAUUUCUGUUUGUUGGGCACCCUUGAAAAUGAGAUGCUACGUCUCCAGUAUCUAAUUUGAAAGAAUGAAAAAAUAUUGAUAUUAUGAAUUAUACAUUCUUCAUGUUAUUAGUAAUACUUCUUAUAUGCAGGAACAGAAAACUGGCUUCAUUCUGAGAGUGAAUGAAGGAAUAAGAACAUUUUCAGGCUGCUGUCCAUUUAACAAGCCUCAUUUCCCCUUGAACCUCCUACAGCAGAAACAUAAUUCUGACAGAAAUAGGAGAAAUAUCUCCACUAGUGGGAGUGACUUCGAUUCAGUGAAUGUGGGACCAUUAAUAUUCACAUCAGUUCAAAGGAAAUAAAAUAAAUAAAGAGCUUCUCCUGGUAGUAGCAAACACAAAGGAGCAGGAAAAAUGUUCCACCACCCAUCUCUGUCUCUCUGCUGAUGAACUCUAUCUCAAGACAUAUUCACGUUAUCAUGGAAAUACUGAUUUUACACUUCCUCCGUGGCCGCUGCUUCAUCUGAAAGACUCAUUAAAACAGGGGUGUCCAACAUGCGGCCCGUGGGCCAAAUGCGGUCCUCCAGAGGGUCCGAUCCGGCCCUCAAAGUGUAAAAAUUCCAGAGAAGACAUUAACUGCAGAUUGGAAAUUAGUAAAACUAUAAAUUUAAAAUCUUUUCUAGACAAUGACAAGUUGUUUGGAUCAGAAAGUAAAAUACUAGAUUGUUCAUUGAUGUCGUUUUGUGUCUCAUUUUUGUAAUAUUUUGUCUUGUUUUUGUUGUUUUUGUCUGACUCUUGUUUGUCACGUUUUUGUCGUUUUGUGUUUCCUUUUUGUCUCGCUUGUGUUUUUUGUCUUUUUUUGUUAUUUUGUGUUUUGCUUUAUUCGCUAUUUCAUGUCAUUUUUGUCAUUCUGUGUUUUUUGUGGCUUUGAAACACAGUCUAAUUUUUGUCUCUUUUUGUUGUUCCGUUUUUUGUCAUUUUGUUUCUCAUUUUUGUUGCCCUGUGUCUCAUUUUUGUCAUAUUUUGUCUUGUUUUUGUUGUUUUUUGUCUUUUUAUGUCUGACUUUUGUCGUUUUGAUCCUCCAGUAAAUCCUCUCUGGUUCAGUUCCAGAUGACUAAAUGUUGUGUUCCUUUGUAGACACUCUGAUCUGGAAGUUGUAAUGUGGAAAUGAGAAACUGAGGCUGAAUGUUGAUGAAACUGAAUUUAUCUUUCUUCAGAAAUUUCAGGAAGGACAUCUGUGCAGCCAUCAACAGGCCCUGUGAGACGCUGGGUUUGUCCCACGUGGCCGGGAUGUGUCAGCCUCAUCGGAGCUGCAGCAUCAGCGAAGACACCGGCCUCCCAUUGGCCUUCACUGUAGCGCACGAGCUGGGACACAACUUUGGGAUUCAGCAUGAUGGCAACGGUAAUGACUGUGAACCCAUUGGGAAACGACCUUUCGUCAUGUCUCCACAGCUCCUGUACGGCACCUCCCUGCCCAGGUGGUCCCGCUGCAGCCGCCAGUACAUCACCCGCUUCCUAGAUCGAGGCUGGGGCUGGUGUCUGGACGAUGCUCCGGGGAAGGACCGGCUGUCCCUGUCCAUGUUGCUUCCUGGGGUCCUGUACAGUGCCAUCCAUCAGUGCCGGCUGCAGUAUGGAUCUGGGUCAGUGCUCUGCGAUGACAUGGACAACGUCUGCAGCACUCUGUGGUGCACCGUGGGAACAACCUGCCACUCGAAGCUGGACGGAGCCGUGGACGGAACGAGCUGUGGCGACGGCAAGUGGUGUUUCGGUGGGGAGUGUGUAGUGGCUGGAUUCCUUCCAGAGAAAGUGGACGGCGGCUGGGCGGCGUGGAGCGAGUGGUCGGCCUGUUCCAGGACAUGUGGGGCUGGAGUCCAGAGUGCAGAGAGAGACUGUGAUAACCCCGUUCCAAAGUACAGAGGGAAGUAUUGUCUUGGAGAUCGACGAAGGUACAAGAUCUGUAACAUGGCACCAUGUCCUAAAGACCUGCCCACCUUCAGAAACAUCCAGUGUAGUCAUUUCAACACGCUGCCCUACAAAGGAAAGUUCUACAAGUGGGAAUCGGUCAUCAACAGAGUGAAUCCCUGUGAGCUGCACUGCCGUCCUCUGAACGAACAUUUCUCUGAGAAGCUGCGGGACGCUGUGACUGACGGGACGCCGUGCUAUGAAGGCAACAAAAGCAGAGAUGUGUGCAUCAAUGGCAUCUGUAAGAAUAUAGGCUGUGAUUACGUGAUCGACUCCAACGCUGUGGAGGAUCGCUGUGGGGUCUGUCAUGGGAACGGAUCGACCUGUACGACCGUGAGGAAAACAUUCCAAGAGAGCGAAGGACUCGGGUACGUGGACAUCGGGCUGAUCCCAGAGGGAGCCUGGGACAUUCGGAUCGAGGAGGUGGCCGAGGCUGGGAAUUUCUUGGCGCUCCGAGGCGACAGCCCCAACAGGUACUUUCUGAACGGCGGCUGGACGAUUCAGUGGAACGGAGAGUACAAGGCAGCCGGAACUGUGUUCACUUACGAGAGGACGGGACACCUGGAGAACCUGACGUCACCUGGACCCACCAUGGAGCCGCUGUGGAUCCAGCUUCUCUUCCAGGAGACCAAUCCUGGAGUGCGGUACGAAUACACCAUCAGUCAGAACGUCUCAGAGGACAACAACAUCCCGGCGUCGCUUUUCUCCUGGAAGUACGGUUCCUGGGCUGAAUGCAGCGUUACCUGUGGAGCAGGUGUUCAGAGGCAGAUUGUUCACUGUGUGGAAAAGACAACCGGGAUAGUUGAUGAACAUUUCUGUGACCAUUUGACCCGACCUGAUGAUAACCAGACCAGCUGUAGCUGGGAUCCCUGUCCGGCCACAUGGUGGGUUGGCGAGUGGCAGAAAUGCUCGGCGAGCUGCGGGAGCUCUGGUCUGGCUAAAAGGGCGGUUCUAUGCAUCCAGGCGGUCAGCGUGGAGGAGCAGGAAGCCCUGGAGCCCAGCAACUGCCAACACAUCCCCAAACCUGAAUCACUGUCCUCCUGCAACACACACAUCGCCUGUCCGGCCGACUGGACCGCUGGCGGCUGGUCCAAGUGUUCACUGACUUGUGGAAGUGGAGUUUGUCACCGUAAUGUGACCUGCUCUAGAAACACCAGCGUCGACUGCGACCCCCUGAAGAAGCCUCCAGCCAUCGCCUCCUGCCACGUCCAGGACUGUCCGCAGGUUGUGGAUAACUUCGGCGGGAUCGACUGGUCUGGUAGCGGCUGGUCCAGCAAGGAAGUGCUCAAUGAAAUCAAGCCCAUACCUGAAGUAAAACCUCCUCCCAAAUACACCACCAGAACCCAGCCGAGAAUCCACGGUGAACUCAACGACUUCUACUACCACAACAACAUUGAAAAUAUCGAGAACUCUCAAGAAAACCGCGUUCAAGUGGAUGAUUUUUACUACGACUAUAACUUCAUCAACUUCCAUGAAGACUUGUCAGAUGACUUUGAGAGCGAGGAUAGCGUCCCACUGGAGACUCGGCCAACCCCUGGAGUGAAACUAAAUGCCGACAUGGAAACUCCAGAAGCUCCCACAGCUCCCAUUCCUACAGCCUCAAAGGGCACUGCCUACACACUGAAAACUGAGGAGCUGCAGAACACAACAGUGAAUGGAGGGAAGGAGGCUAGAAAUAGGGCAGAAAAAGAAUCAGAUUCUGAAGAUGUGGAUGACUUUCUUUCUGAGGAUCAUCUUCUGCCUGUGCACACCGCUCACACUCCAACAUUCAGAGACAGACACGGAAAACUGUGGAGGCCUGAAAACACAAACGCAAAGCCUGGUCUGGUUUUCUCUACAGAGCAGCCCACACAGGAUGUGAAAUGGGGGCAAUAUGGAGAGGAGGCUGAAAAGGAACAUGCUGCUAUUCCUCCCAGACAUCCCACUACACCCAGUACUAUCGACUCUACAACAGCGAGUUCUCAGGAGACAGAUGAACGUCAGGAUUAUGAGUAUAUCUAUGCAGAUCAGGAAGACUUGGAGAGUCCAGAACCUUUAGGAUCUCCCAUGCCAGAAACUAUAAUUCAGGUUCAGGCUGAAAUCCAACUGGAUGAAAAUGCUUCGGAAAUACCUCAAACAACCACUGAGUCUGCAGUAAUUCCAGUUUCCUUCACCCUGGAGGAUUUGGACAUGGCUAAGACUCCUUUUAAUCCAAUAUAUGCCACUAGUGAUGCUAAUUUAUGGAAUAUUGACUCGGACCUCGGUGCGACCUCACUUCCUGCCUCUGAGAAAUCCACUCCUCUCCUUAUUCCCUUUCUGCUAAACUCAGGUAACCAAGAGGCCUCUGACUCCACGCCAUUAACUGGAACAGAAAUCAUACCUCCUACAGACCUGGACAGAGCUACUCAGCCUUCUCCAGAUCAUUUCCUGACAGCUACAACAGAACAGAUAACUACAAAUCCUGCUUUCACUGAAACAACUGGAACUGGUUCUGCCUCCAGAGCUCCGGCGUUCGACUUUGACUAUAAUGAAAUAAUCGUUCCUCCAGCGGUGAGGAGCAGCAUCAGCAGUGAUCCUGACACUUUGUACCGGCUUCCAACAAACACAGAAUCCACUCCUCAAUAUUUCAUAACACCAGCACAGCAUGUAGAACCAUCAACACCUGCUGCGUCCGUCUCACCAACCCACCCACCUCUGCUGUGGUCACUUCCUGUGGCAACAUCUGGUGCAACAUCAGCCUCCACACGAGCCACCAGAGCUGCCUACUGGGUCGCCGGCAACUGGAGUGCUUGUUCCACCACUUGUGGUCUGGGAGCGAUCUGGAGAACUCUGGCUUGUAGCACCGGAUCAGAGUCUGACUGUGAUCCGGCCCAGAGGCCUGCCCCGGCCCAGCAGUGUUACCUGAGACCCUGCUCUACCUGGAGGGUUGGGGAGUGGAGUAAGUGCUCCAAGAACUGUGAAGGCGGCAUCGCAUUGAGAGACGUUCAGUGUUUUGACCUGAGGGAUCAGAGGCCCCUGAGACCUUUCCACUGCAGAGCCAUGUCCUCCAGACCACAAACCCACAAGCCUUGCAACCUUCAGCCAUGCCUCCAGUGGUACACCUCCUCCUGGGGUCAGUGCUCUGAGAUGUGUGGAGGAGGCGAGCAGCAGCGCAUCGUCACCUGUCCAGAGGACGAUGGAUGCGACACAGACCUCCAGCCGAGCAGCAUCCAGCCGUGCAACAGCCAGCCGUGUGCUCAGUGGCUGACGGGAUCCUGGGGACAGUGUUCGGCCUCCUGUGGUGGAGGAGUUCAGCAUCGCCUCAUCAGAUGCGUGGACACCAAGGCCGAGGCGGAUGAGGAGGUGGAUCAGGCUCGCUGUGACCACCAGCCACCGCCUGAGAGCAGCAAAAAGUGCAACCUGCAGGAGUGCGAAAGCGCACCCUCUGGAGCCGUCUGUGUUCGCGAUCGCCUCUCGUUCCGGUUCUGUCAGACCCUGCGCUGGCUCGGCCGCUGCCUCCUGCCCAACGUCCAGUCGCAGUGCUGCAGAACCUGCAGCCAGCGCUCCAGCGGCACGUCUCCUCACCGAGGUGCAGCUAAAUAAGCUCUCACAUCACCAACAGGAACACUGACUGAUGACAUACAUCAUCAUUUCAAGUCUGAGCCUCUCCUGGUUUCCUCCAGUUCUCCUCUGCAUGUUUGAGCAGAACUGAAGUUAUCUGGGAACGUAAUGAUCAAAAAGCAGAGCAGUGAGAUUGUAAAUAUUUGUUUGCACUUUUAUACUACACAGUUUGACUAGUUUUAUGACUCCAGAUUUCUUUGUAGAAGGUUCCGUAGCCUGCUUAGUCAUGUUUUAUAACACAUGUAGACAAACCACUCAUUAACCUCUAUGGUUGGUACAAUGCUUUUUGAUUUGAUAGCAGAAAAAAUUGUCCAGGUUAAAGCAGCUUAAUGAAGCAGAAAGUCCGUGGUGCAUAAAUGAUUCAUGUGAUGUAUAAAUAACUGACCGUUUGCUAAGUCCUGCCUCCUUACAGAUAAUUCUACUUUAUUUCAGCCUGCUGUAUUUCUGAUCUAAUGUCUGUGCUGCAGCUCUAUGGGUCACACUAACUUUAAAUUUUCUACCUGCUUUGUAGAGAUUUAAGCUAACGAGUCAAAAUGGUGUAUAUUGGGCCAAAAGUGUGAGCUAGUGCCCUGCAGCUUUAAAAAAAAAAAAAAAAGGCUGCUUUUUACAUGAAUAAUUUUCACAUCUGACCAAAUUAAACCCAGAAAUUAGUCACCUCCUUCCCUAUCCAAGUCAACUUGACUCGAUCACACUUUUAUUUCCAUGUGUGAGGCUGAUUUUCUGCAAACUGAGCAGCUAAAUGCUUUGUCUGAUUACCCAAUGGACUAUUAUGAGGAAGUUAUUUUAGCUCGGUGCGGUUUGCAGUAUUUAUUAGAACUAUACAUAUUUAAUCACAGAAAUCUGGAAAUGAACAAUAUAUUAUUUCACUUUAUGAUCAAAACAACAAAAAUUAGACAAAAAAAGACCUAAUACCAGACAAAAUAUUACAGAAAUGAGACACAAAACAACAGAAAUGAGAAACAAAUGAGACAAAUGACAAAAAUGGGACAAAAUAUUACACAAAAUGACAAAAGAACCAUGAACAAUCUAGUGUUUUACUACAACUAGUCAUGGUCAGGAAAUGAUUUUAAAUUCAUAGUUUUACUAAUUCUGAUAAACAUCGACAUGUUGUUUCGUCUCCUCAAAAUCAACUGGAAGAAAAAACGCUCAGCUCAACGCAUGAUGACGUAGAAUUGAUUAUGACCAGUAAUACUUAAUUUUCUGUACCUGAUAUCUCGUAUGCUCUGACACAGACGGACCAGCUGACAGUAAUCCCUGAUGCAGUUGGUAAAACUACCAGCUCAUUUCUGUUUUUACAGUCGAUCAGACUUGAGAGCAAACUUUUAAAAUGAUUUGUGAAUCUCUAGUCUCUUUGAAAGCUGCAGAGAGAUUGCUGAUGUUUGCUGAUUCUUGUGACUUCUUCAUUACCCAAAUCUUUACAAAGCAAGUGCAAAGUGCCGUCCAUUGAUGUGAAACACAGCAGAUUGAAAUAAACUGUAAUUCUCCUUCA